UUUGGAGACACGUUUUGAAUUUUCCCAAAAGUUUCCGUGUCCUGCUGCGUGUCAACGAGACAGUUCUGAAAUUGGCGAUGUUAAACAAACAAAAACGAUCAGUGCUGAAGCAUGCAUAUACAUCUAGAUCUAUUCCCUAGCGGGUAUCUCUUCGACCCACGCAGAAAAGUUUUUUUUUUUCUGUUUUCAUUUGGCCAGUGAAGUCAUUUAAAACGUUCAGCUGGUUUCUAUUGUCCUAGACCACGCCCCCGCCCUCCGCUGCCUUGUCUGUGAUUGGCGAAAAGUUUGGUCCCCUGCUCGCCAUUGGCUGGCGCGGCCCGCGGCCCCACCACUAAAACCUUCAGACGCCACCGAGGCGUCUCAGUCAGAUUGUGGAAAUAGUAGCCGGGAUGCUUAGUAUGUAAACUGCGGGGCUGGAAAGCAAGGUGUUGCGGUGCAGAGCGCAUGGGAGGUGUAGAUGUGGUCUCGGAACAUGGGCCGUGAAGACGCUUUUGGGAUUCGGCUGUGCGGGUCAACCUGCAAGUAGCGAGUGGCUGUGAGGGGGAACGGCAGGACACCCCCACCUCCACCACCACCCCACUUCCACCCGGUGUUGCUGAGACGUCGUCGAAAAUGCUUCCACUCCGGCUGUGCGCCCUGUGGAUCCCGCUCUUCUCCGUCUUGGACCCCGCACUGUCCAGCUAUUCCGAGGACCAGUGCAGUUGGAGAGGGAGCGGACUCUCCCAGCAGCCCGGCAGCGUGGAGCAGAUCUCCCUGCACUGCGCGGAGGGCGCCCUGGUCUGGCUGUACCCCAAGGGGGCGCUGCGGCUCAGCCUGUCCCCCCGCCUGCCCUCGGGGGCGGUGGGACCCGGGGGCAGCGGCCGGAGCUCGGGCCAGAUCACGGCCUGCAUCAAGCCCGCCGAGAGCUUCCGGGGGGCCCAGAUCUACCUGGAGCGCGACGGGCUGCUGGAGCUGCUGGUGGGUGAGCGCCCGGGCCCCCCCGGCCGGCCCCCGCGGGUGCGCUGCUUCAGCCGGCAGCCCGGCGAGAAGGUGGCGCUGUUCCUGCAGGCCACGCCGCACCAGGACAUCAGCCGGCGGAUCGCCUCCUUCCGCUACGAGCUGAGGGGCGACUGGAACGCCCUGCUGGCGCCGGACUCCAGCACCACCACCACCAGCACCAGCAGCAGCAGCGAAGCUGCCUGCAGACCCUGCAAUGACACGGAGAUCCUGAUGGCUGUGUGCACCAGUGACUUUGUGGUGCGUGGGAACAUCCGGUCGGUGAGGACCGACGGGGACCUGUGGGCGUCGGUGAUCGGCGUGAGCGCCUCGCGGGUGUACCGGCAGAAGUACGCCCUGUUCUCCGGCCCGGGCCGGCUGGCCCAGUCCGGGGAGAUCCGCACGCUCCUGCGGUGCGGCGUCAAGCCGGGCUCCGGCAGCUUCCUGUUCACGGGCCGGGUCCACUUCGGCGAGGCCUGGCUGGGCUGCGCCCCGCGCUACAAGGACUUCCGCCGGGUCUACGAGGAGGCCCGCGAGGCGCGGCAGAUCCCCUGCGAGCUGGCGGGCAACUGAGGGGCAUCCUGGGAAAACUCCUCACCUCCGCGGUCCUCUUUGCCAAUGGCCCCCCUCCUCCCCUUGCUCAUCGCCCUCUCGAAGCCUAGAACCUGCAGCCUCCGAGGAAGCGCAGCAGGGGUGUGGAUCCAACUCUGGGCAUGGCGGCGGCCUUUUGGUGUUGGCGGGGUUGGCUUUGGCGAAGGGGUCUGGGUAAUGCAACGGACUGAACCGUGUGGACACGAUAGCGGCUGCCCUCCAGUCUGGGGCACGUUCUUGAUCGGGAGCCACGCUGGGAGAGCUGUGAUCGGCGUUGGAGGGUCUUGGCUUCGCUGCCGGGAGGGUUUGUGGGUGUUGCAGACGUGGCAGCUCGACGGGCGGUCCUGAAACCGCUUCAGUGUUCUUGGUGAGGACGCUGGGAGACCGUGAUGGCAGCAGGUCUUAAUAACAGCAGGCCUUGAUCUUUUACAUCGACUUGGGACAGGACGUUUUGUUACUCAGGAAGUGAAUGACUUUCAGCAUUGGACUGGUUCACUUAAACCACGGUGGUAUGUUGAUUUCCCUCUCGUGUCUCCAUCUUGAAGAGCAACUGUGGAGAGUGAGCUUGAUGGAUCAACGACUCGUCUUCUAUCCUAGAACAAGACUGCCUUCUACCCCCCAUUUAGGUUAAAGAACGCCUAAAAAUGCCAGUUAAAAAACCCCAAAUUUAAAAUAAUUCACCACCCCUCUCCCUUUGAGUGAGAUGAACAUGUUCCCUUCCUAGGUUUCUACAUGAAUGUCCUUGUAGAUGAGGAGGGGGCUGAAUGAAUUUUGCACUGCCUUGCUGUUGAAGGAAAGGGGACUAUCUGUUUAGGGUGUCGGGGAUGAGAGGUUGGCGCAAGCACUGAGGAAUCUGGAAAACCAAAUGAUUUUAUAUUGCUUAUGUGUAUAGAAAUACAGUAUUAAUAUAUAAUGGUGACUCCAGGCAAGGGGGCAGAGUUCAGAGAAGCUUGUGAGUCCCAGGUUUAAGAGCAGGAGUAUGUGCCACGUUCAGCCUGAUGGCCUAUGAUAGCUUGCCAUCCUGCUGUUACAUUUAUAUCAGUUAGUUUGAAACAGGGUGCCUUGUGUACUGAUUGAAUACCCUGUAUAAAUAACUUUUUUUUAAAAAAAAAAAGCCUAGUUAAGUAGACUUGUUUCAGAGUAUUGCUUCAGCAGUGGUCUGUUUUGUUGCAUCUUUGGAUAUAAACAGAAUCAUUCCUGAGCCUUUAUGUACAUCCUGAAGGACAGAAGGAUUUAAAAACCUUUGUUUCCUCAAAUGUGGGAUACUGUUGUUUCUACAAAAUUGUGUGUAAUGGUUUCAUGGGAAAACAAGUUCCCUAAAAAACAUGCCUAAGCUAGUCUAUCCAGUACAAGGUUGCAGGGGGGCUGGAACCUGUCCAGAGAAGCAGCAGGCACAGGGCAGGAUACACCUUGGACAGGACGCUAGUCUAUCACAUGCCAGAGAGCCCUGAACACUCGCAAUUAACCUACCAGCAUGUUUGGAUUGUGGGAGGGAACUGGAGGAAACCCCUGUGAACACAAUGAGAACAUGCAAACUCCAUGCAGACAGCACCCCAUGAAUUGAAUCCUGUGUUGCAAGGCCACAAUGCUAACCACUGCCCCUCAGGGCCAUCCUGAUUAAUGAUUUCAUUUUAAUGAUCACUUAAAAUGAAAACGGCAACAAGUGGUAGUUGGGUUUUCAACUGUACAGAAGGUGCUUUUUUUUUUUUUAAACCAGUCAGUCCAUUUCCUCUUGGUGCUCUGGUAUCUCAGUCUUGCCAAGAUGAACCCUGAUGGCUUGGUUACCUUGGUUUCUCCAAACUGGCCCCGUGAUGGAG